UAGAGAGAUUGGUUGAAGACCUAUCUAGGGAGUCACACUGGUUCUGCUUCUCUCAGUACCCGUGGAGAGAGUUUGUGUGACCCUAUUGCUUUUGUUACAUUAAGGGGGGGGGUGUAUUUAUUAGAGCCCUCACUGACUGUUGUAUCUCCCACAGCUCCAACAGAUGACGACGCACCCUGACAUAUUGCGGCUGCUGCCGGAGUCUUGGCUGACGCCGCCACAGCAGUUGACCGCCGCCUCGCUCGCAGACAUGUGGAACAAGUUCGAUAUCGAGCCAGACCGCUCCCUGGCCCUGCCCAGCUCCGAGCCCAUGAUAGACCACAACAUCGCCUUCACGUCAGACAUGGGCAACUUCAUGUGUGAUAAGGUGAAUCAGAAUAUGGGUGCCCCGCCCACCCCACCACACUCCCCUCCCACAGAGCAUGACCUGGACGACCUGGUGGCUUCUAUACCCGAAAUCCUUGAGUCCCCGUCUGCCACUCCUCCAUCAGAUAUCAGCGAUAUCCUGAAUGAUCUGGAAGGUAUGGAGAUGGCGCCCAUGUUCCGGGCGCCCGGGUACUCCUGGUGGGCACCAGUGGCAUCUCCAGUACCCGAAGUGUCCCUGAAACGAGACAUAAUGUGGGGCGGAGGGACGUGUAGUGCCGCCUUGCUGGAGCCGCCGAUAAAGAAGGAACGAAACUUGUCUGAAUGUUCGUCCGACGCAGUACUCAGAGAGGCACUGAGACAGGACGACAUCUCUGAAGACGACGACGACGACGAAGACAACCUGCCCGACACGCCCUCCGGUACCGACAGUGAUUGUGACGCUGAUGACCACAUGAGCGAGACGUGGAGCAAUAGUGGCAGCCCCAGGAGUACAAACAGUGCCUCGUGGUAUAGCAGCAGCAGUGCCGCCUUCAGGAACAAUACCAGUGCCUCUUACGUGCCUCCCUCAGUGAACAUUGAACACAACUAUUGUGGCAGAGUACCCGAACCUUCCAACCACUUAGCGGGUAUUAUCACUCCCUCAGACACUGAUGAGGUCGAUGUAGUGACAUGCAGCGAUCCCAAUGAGGCAGCAACCACCACAACUAUUACUCUCGGAAGCUACAAUGUCUCCUCAAACUCUUCCACCUCUAACCUUUGCACCACAGCUGCCUCGGCUCCUUCCCGCCUUCAGGUCCCGUCCAAACACUCCGUAGAUGUCAAGCGACAACUCCAACUGGCCAUGAGGAAUCGACAGAACUGGGUCACCAGUUCCACUUCUCCUGAAAGCGAAGAUGUGGCAAGCACCAGGUUCCUGUCAGUAAAGAUCAAGACACAGGGCAAGCCAGCAGCCUACACCAAACGCAUGAGGGACUACCACAAGGAGGUAAUAAAGUCGACGAAGCAUAGACGAAGGAGCCGUGUAAAGUCUGACGAAGGUAGGUCUGUACACAACUCCUUGGAGAGACAGAGAAGAGUGGACCUGCGCAAUUCCUUCGAGUAUCUCCGCCAACUUGUACCUGAAACCAAGAUCCUUGAUAAGGCCACUAAGCUCCAGAUCCUUAAAAAGGCAGCCCUACACUGCAAGCAUCUCCAACAAACAGAACAGCGGCUACUCAAAGAGAAGGAAAAGUUAAAAAAGCAGCUGGAAGAACUUGAACAGCUGAGAUUGCAAUGUAGUUGAGAUGGUGCUGUAAUCCACUCACCUGUAUAGUUAGUUGUAAGAUAUAAAUGAUUUAAAAUUGUACAUAAUAUCAAGGAUAGCAGAUAUCAAGGGAGCAUUGAAAGAGAGAGAGAGAGAGAGAGCAAAAGGUUUUUCAAGUUUUGAUAUAAGCAGCCUUUAUUGUAUAUGUGUGAUAUUUUGAGUGCCUAUGUGUUUCUCGUGCUGCACUUGAUAAUGUGGAAGAUCAGUUCCUGGUUGACUUUAAAGGUUUUCACAUUGUUUCAGCGGCUCGACGGGGUCUCUUACAUAGCCCACUAUUAUAACAGUAUUACUAUUGUCAAAAGCCAAUAUUCAAAAUAAUUAUGUACUAGGUUAUACGUAUAAUGAACCAAAAAUUAUGAAGAUUAAUCGGCUUUGUCACAUGUGAAAAAUAUAAAAGUUGUGUAAGGGAUAUUUCAGUUCUUUAGAGACAAGAUUAGUCUUUUUUUAACAAGUUUUUUAUUCUAAUAUUGAAAGGUUUCAAUCCUUUUAAUAUUGCAGGUAUUGUACCAAAGCAAGUGUAAGGCUUCUAUGAAAUAAUGUGUGUAUAUCUCCUUAAGUUUAAAAAUAAAUCACUCCAUAACUCAACACACGUACAUGCGCAUGUGUGCACCCACACGCGUGCACACAGCCCCCACCAGUCUACAUAUAUAUACAUCAAAAAAAUAAAUAAAAGGAGAUACUUACACAUGACUUGCAUGUGUGUCUGUAAUGCGGAACUUCUCAGAGUCUUGGUUCAAAUACAGAAUUAAAUUCUGUUGAUAAAGAAUAUAUUAAAACCAUGUUAUACCAUACCUGAAUAUUCAUUUGUCUUUAUUUUCCCCUGUAUGUCCUUUAUUGUGUUUUGAACCUUCUUUAUUGUAGAUAAAUGGCGUAUUAUGCCAUUAUAACCUUUUAUUUGAUUAUCAGCAAUGUCAUUGCAACUGUUUAAAGGGGAAUAACCAAGACAUUAACUAAAGAGGACAUUUGAUUCUUUUUCAAUAAGUACAGCACUUGCAUUGCUUUAGCGUUUUUUGUUUUACUGAUUCAAUGUUUGUUUAAGUCACAAGUAUUUAUAAAAGUACGAAUUUUCCCAAUAAACCUUUUGGUUGUCAUUUCUUCAUAUGAAUGCUUUGUGUGAAGCUAUACACCAAGCUACCAGAGCUUUCAAGAGUGCCUCAACUCACCUUGUAUUUAUAAAACACGGAGGGGAAAGGGAAAGAAGACAAUUUGAUAUCAAGAUCCCUCUUUUUCCUCAUGGACCUUUCAUCCUAGUGAUAAUAGGUUUCUAAGAAACAGAAACAAGUUUUGUGACAUUCUGGUAACCAAGACUCUGAGAGUACCUCUUGGCUGCGCCCUCUUACUUAUUUCCCAGUCACAUUCAUCCCUGAAAGCCCAUACAGAUGGAUUGGCUUGAGUUUCUGAUCCUUCCUCGGUGUGAAUGACAAUUCUGAGUCUCAUAUUUCCUCGUGGUAGAUGAAUAAAAGACAAAAAGUGGUGGUGUGCAGACCCACAUAUUUAAUUUUAGCAGAGUAGGUAGUUUGCAGGUGAUGCUGUUUUUAUGAUUUUGGACACUGUGUCAGGUUUCAAGAAGGGUAAUUUAUUUUUGAAUAAUCAACUAUUAAGCUUUAUACACAGUCAUUGGAUCAUAUCUGAGGCUAGAGAAAAUUUGAGGCUCAUGAUUCUGGAAGAAAAUGAGCUAUGCUUUUUAAUAAUGCCUGAAAGCCUCUGCCUGUAUUUAGAGGAUAAAAUUGCUUAUUAGUUAUCAAAAGAAUUGCUUAUUUUGGGAUAUCAUUUUAGAAUGUCCCUGACUGAAGUAUAGAUGUUAGUGCCUCAGAAUCUGUACACGUCACAUGCUGUAUCAUGCUCAAGAAAAUUAGUCGAGGGUUCAUUAUUCGAUUGCAUUAAAGAGUGAAUUUAAUAGUAUAUCAAAUUUUGUAAUGCCAUGGCCAAUUCCUUUUUUUUUUUUUUUGAGGCCUUAUUUUAUGUCGGUGAACCCCCUCCUCCUCAUUGCUCAGUUUUGUACUUAAAAUAGUAAAAAUGAAAAAAAAAGGUGAGAAAAAAGGUGUAUCCCUCACUAACAGACAUACAAGCAAAAUCAUAAGCUGAUGAGCAUGCAGGCCAUCACUCGUUACUUGUGAAGCAUCAAUUAACUUUUUACGCCCAUACCUCAUUAUAAAAAUGAAGAGAAAUGCAGUACCAUUUGAUUAGCUUCAUUACUGGAUAUUUGUUUUUCCUUUUAUUGUUGUAUUUGAUGAAUGUGGCUGAAAGGAUGUCUGCUGUAUAGGUAGAAAAGGGACAGAGAAUAUCCUUUUGAGAUAUUUACACUAUUCCCUUCCUUGUUAGCCAUAAUCAUCAGUUGUCGUCCUAUUUCCUUCUCCCACCCACCUCCCUACUGACGUAAUAUGCAUACAAGCAGAUAAUAGUGGUGUAAAUAGUAGGUCUUUGUACUUUUUACAGAUUUUUUCACAUAUGCUUUGCUAUAUAUAUAUAUAUUCAACAAUAUGAGCUGAUGUGCACGGUUCUUACUGAAAGGCGAAGUCUAUUUUUUCACAUUUUCAUGCUAGUGUUAGCUCAUAUCCUGAGUCACGGUAGUGUAUAUAGGUUAAUCCGAGAGCACAUCAGUUCCAUAUUGGCCAUGUUAUUCCUAGCCAUGUGUUUAUAAUGAAUGUACAAAUUUUUGGCUUGUUUUUAUGAUGUAAGUUCAAAAUCACUAUUAUUAUUAUUAUUGCUAUUAUUAUUAUUAUUGAUAUUAUUAUUGAUCUUGUCUUCUUGUAAUUCUACAGCUGGAAGCCCUUAGAAUCCGUAUUAUUUGGAAUUACUUUAAAUAUAAUAGCCUGCUCUGCUCUGAACUAUAUUUUCUGUGAGAAAAUUAUUUCGAGUGAUGUAAGCCAUUGAGGCCAAAUUUAUUGAAAAAAAAUAUUUUUUAUUUCAUUUGCCUUUUAUCAAAAUUGUUGAAAUUAUGUUAUAAAAUUUGCCAUUGCUUACUUUAAGUGCAAAAUGUUAUUUGAUUUAAUGGAAAAAAAAUUGUUUUUAUGAAGAAAUUUAUUAAUGUACUUUAUUAUUUGAAGUCAUUUAUAUAGCACAGUGUUACAAAUUUAAAUAUACCAACUAUAUACCAUAUUUCUGGGUUUUCCUCUUCCUAAUAUACCAGUGUUGUGUAUACCUGGAAGGAGGGAGUGUCGUGGGUCAAUGCCCCCACAGUAUGGUCCAUGACCAGGCUUCACAAUUUGCCAGAGUUAUUGCCUACACCAAGCUACACUCAUACUUUAAGGAAGGUCCUCUUGAUGUCACAAAUGGACAUUGGUAGUGCUACCAACCAGGGAAAGCUGAACCCCUAUUCCCUCUCCCCAAAUAAUUCC